CUGGGAAUUGAUUAGCCUCAAUUUGCUGGCUAAGUUACAUCGGGGAAGAAGAACUGUCUGCUAGUGCAGGUUCCUUUGUCCCGGCAGGGCACAUGGGCUAGGCAGUGGGUGAGAGUCGGCUUUUGCUGACUGGCUGAGAGGUUUCCAGGACCGGCUGAGCGUCUAACUACCUGCACAAGCUGGGACUCCUGUAGCUCAGGGAUCGGUCUGCAUUGGCCUGGGGCUGCAGGUGGGGGCGCUGAGGCGGGAUCUUGUGCGUUGCUGCAGGAAGCUGUACGGCGGCAGCCCCGUGAGUUGGGGCGGAGGAGCUGGAAGAGCCCGGGAAGGAAGAUGGCCAGCCCCAAAACCACAGGGCUUUCCUGGGAGAUCACUUGGCUUGCAGUUGUCAUCUGUACCCAUCUACAGAUAAGAGCAGAGCAGGUGCAAGGUGCAUACUUCUUGCCUGAGUUUGCACUUUCUCCACAGGGGAGUUUUCUUGAAGAUACAACAGGAGAACAAUUCCUCAUUUACCGCUAUGAUGAUCAGACCUCCAGAAUUGCACGUUCUGAUGAAGAUAAAGAAGGGGCCUGGGAUGCGUGGGGAGCAUGGAGCGAUUGCUCGCGGACUUGUGGAGGGGGAGCAUCAUAUUCUCUAAGGAGAUGUUUAAAUGGCAGGAAUUGUGAAGGUCGGAAUAUUCGAUACAAAACCUGCAGCAAUAACGACUGCCCUUCAGAUGUUGGUGACUUCAGAGCAGAACAGUGUUCAGCCUACAAUGAUGUCAAGUACCAAGGACAUUUUUAUGAGUGGCUUCCUGUAUAUAAUGAUCCCAGUGCACCAUGUGCCUUAAAGUGUCAAGCUUUGGGGAAACAAUUGGUUGUGGAGCUUGCCCCAAAAGUACUAGAUGGUACUCGCUGUAAUAUUGAAUCCCUGGAUAUGUGUAUCAGUGGAAUAUGUCAGGCAGUAGGCUGUGAUCGACAACUUGGGAGUAAUGCCAAGGAAGACAACUGUGGAAUCUGCGCAGGAGAUGGUUCCGCAUGCAGGCUUGUGAGGGGGCAAGCGAAGGCUCAUGUUUCACCAGAAAAAAGGGAAGAAAUUGUGAUUGCUAUACCUCAUGGGAGCCGCAGUGUGAGACUUACACUGAAAGGACCAGCACACCUUGUUAUUGAGUCAAAGACACUGCAGGGAGACCAGGGAGAACACAGCUUUACUGUCCCUGGAAUAUUUAUCGUAGAAAACACAACUGUUGAAUUUCAGAAGAGUUUGGACAGAGAAACUAUAAAGAUUCAAGGACCUCUGGGAGCAGAUUUCAUUAUCAAGACCAGGUAUACUGCCCCAAAAGACAGUGUGGUUCAGUUCUUUUUCUAUCAACCCAUAAGUCAUCAGUGGAGACAGACAGAGUUCUUCCCGUGUACUGUAACAUGUGGAGGAGGUUAUCAACUUAACUCUGCUGAAUGUGUGGAUAUUCGUUUGAAGCGGGUUGUUCCUGAUCACUACUGUCACUACUACCCAGAAAAUAAGAAACCAAAGCCUAAACUUAAGGAAUGCAACAUGGAUCCCUGUCCUUCUAGUGAUGGAUUUAAAGAAAUCAUGCCCUAUGAUCACUUCCAGCCUCUUCCUCGAUGGGAACAUAAUCCUUGGACUGCAUGUUCUGUUUCCUGUGGAGGUGGAAUUCAGAGGAGGAGCUUUGUUUGUGUAGAGGAGACCAUACAUGGAGAGAUACUGCAAGUGGAGGAAUGGAAAUGCAUGUAUGCCCCCAAGCCCAAGGUCAUGCAAACCUGUAAUCUGUUUGACUGUCCUAAGUGGGUAGCUAUGGAAUGGUCUCAGUGCACGGUGACCUGUGGCCGAGGCUUACGUUACCGAGUGGUAUUGUGUAUUGACCACCGUGGCCAGCAUGUCGGGGGCUGUAAUCCACAACUUAAGCUACAUAUAAAAGAAGAGUGCAUUGUGCCAGUACCAUGUUGCAAACCAAGAGAAAAAAUUCCUGUAGAAGCUAAAGUACCCUGGUUCAAACAAGCACAAGAAAUAGAAGAGACCAGAACAGCAUCAGAAGAACCAAUGUUUAUUCCAGAACCCUGGUCUCCAUGCAGUACUACUUGUGGUCGUGGCAUUCAGGUGCGAGAUGUGAAGUGCCGUGUUCUUCUCACAUUUACUCAGACUGAAAUGGAUCUGCCUGAUGAGGAAUGUGAAGACCCCAAACCAGCAACAGAACGAAUAUGCCACCAGCCGUCCUGCGACAGUGAUCCUGUCCCAUACACCCCAGAAUUUUCACGUGCGGAAGAUAGCAGUUUGAUUUAUGAUUGGGAAUACAUUGGUUUUACUCCAUGUUCAGCCACAUGUGUUGGAGGGAUACAAGAAGCCAUUGCAGCGUGCCUGCAUGUGCUGACAAAACAAGCUGUCAACGACACCCUGUGUGACAAUGCCACGCGACCACCAGCAAUGACUCGCACUUGCAACAUGAAACUGUGCCCACCAAGGUGGGAAACUGGCCCUUGGAGACAGUGUUCUGCUACUUGUGGAGUUGGGAUUCAGACAAGAGAUGUGUACUGCCAGCAACCUGAGGGACCCAUUGUUACUAAUGAAGACUGCGAUGAUGAAAAGCCUCAUGUUUUACAAGCCUGUAACCAGAUUGACUGUCCCCCUGCUUGGCAUGUUGAAGAAUGGCAGCAGUGUUCCCGUACCUGUGGCGGAGGGACUCAGAGUCGCAAAGUUCACUGUAAGCAGUUGUUGACAGAUGGAAGCUUCCUGAAACUUUCUGAUGAGAUCUGCCAGGAGCCUAGAUUGGCUGCUCGUAAAUUGUGUGCCAAAGUUGAUUGUCCCCCUCAGCUAGUUGUAGGGGAAUGGUCCAAGUGCUCUCUAAGCUGUGGUGUUGGAAUCCAGAGAAGGAAACUUGCCUGCCAGAAGCUAACAGCAAAGGGCCAAAAUGUCACAUUAAAUGUAUCAAUGUGUAGCAGUCUCCCUACUUCCUCACUUGUAAGGUCCUGUCACGUGAAUGACUGUAACAAGAUUAAACAAGAAAUUAAACCCAAGCGUCCAGAGAAGCAUGCUGCCCAUGGACCUCAGAUUGUCAGUAUACACAGAGUCUACAUACAGACACGACAAGAGAAACGCAUUAAUUUUACCAUUGGAAGCCGAGCCUAUCUGCUUCCAAAAACAUCCGUUGUAAUUAAGUGCCCAGUACGAAGGUUUCAAAAGUCACUUAUCCAAUGGGAGAAAGAUGGACAACAUCUACAAAACUCUAAAAGACUUGGCAUCACUAAAUCGGGAUCACUGAAAAUACAUAGCCUUGGGGCUACAGAUAUUGGAGUGUACAGGUGUAUUGCAGGCUCUGUGCAUAAAACAUUUGUUCUCAAACUUAUUGGCACUGACAACCGGCUGAUAGAACCUCCAACUUUUAGAAAACACGCAAGUGAGACCAGAGGUACAGAUCACAACGAAGCGAACAGUUUUGGAGCCAAAUGGCAUAAAAUGAGCAAAAUGUGGCAAAUAUGGAGUAAAAAGAAUGAGCUGUAUCUCGGGGAUGGACAAGUUAAUGAUCAGCCAUUUCUGAGACAUGGUGAAACCCAUGUGAGUAAUUCAGCAGAAGAAUACAGCCCUCAUGAAUUCGAGAACAAACAUCUGGAGGCAGCAAUUCUUCAAGGAGCUUACAGCAUGGACACUGUACAGUUCGACAGACUGAUAAGAAACAUGAGUCAACUCAUUGAAGCUGGAGAGGUCAGUGAUGAUCUGGCAUCCCAAGUCAUAUAUCAGUUAGUUGCUGAAUUAUCUAGACCACUACAACUUACUACUGAAAAAUGGAAAGGCUUGAAUGAAGAAAAGUUAGCCUCAAAGCUCACCAGUAAAUCACCAAACGUAUCUGAACGUUUCAACACAAAAACCCUAGUCAAGCCGAUGUUCAAUCAAAAAGGACCUGGUAUUAUAAGGCAAAAACAAGUGCCCAGAAUUUCCUUUAAUAAAACAAUAACUGCACGAAUUGGAAAUACAGUUUUUCUGACCCAGAGUACUAGCGCUGUCAAUUUACUGUGUGAAACUGCAGACAUUAAUGAGCCUAAAUAUACUUGGACAAAAGAUGGAGAAGCAUUAAAAUCCUCUGAGAAAGUGGUUUUGGAUGUCACUGGAAAAGUACAGAUUCUCAGUCCUACCCGAAAGGAACUUGGUGUGUAUGGAUGCAUGGUGGUCAAUGACUUUGGUUCUGACAUGGAAACUUCUUUGCUGUUGUAUGCAGAGGCUCCUGUCAUUUUGUCCCCUGGAAUAAAUGUCACAAAGCUGGAAGUUAGUAAUCUCUCUGUAACUGUUGGAGGUGUGAUAGUGGGAAGAAUUGGAGCAAACAUUACAAUUGACUGUCCCGUGACAGGUGUUCCCCAACCGAAAGUAACGUGGCUUAAGAAGAAAGAAUCCCUACGAAACAAUUUUUUCUUGCUUUUGAAUGGGUCCUUAUUUCUGCAGAAUGUUUCAUUUGAAAAUGCAGGAACAUAUACUUGCACAGCAACCAGUGCUCUUGGAAAAGCAGUAGCCACAUCUGUCCUUUACUUAUUUGAACAAAAGUUUCCAGAGACUAACACUGUAUCAACAAAAGGUAGCAGGAGGAAGCGUGUCAUGAUGGCAUCUGGAAUUGGUACAAAUAUUAGUGUGAUACGUGGUGAUCUGCUAAGGAUAGGUUGUCCAGUGCAUCCUAGUCACAGGAACAUGAUUCGUUGGUUCUUCAGAAAUCGUCCGGUUGAGGAAGUUAAAGACUUGGUAUAUAGAGCCUUGGUUGGGGGACGUAUCCUAGAGGUGAACACUGUGUCUGGUCAAUUUGCUGGACAAUACAGAUGUCACACUUCAACUAGUGUAAAGCCAUUGUCUGUUUGGGUAAAUGUCAAGAAGGAAGACUAUAAAUGGGAGUAUGCUGAGUGGAGGCCUUGCUCUGCUACCUGUGGGAAUUCAGGAACCCACUUCAGAAGGCUGCAGUGUGUGAAUUCUGAAGAACAAAAAGUGAAUGAAUCAUUAUGUGAAGACCGUCAGAAGCCAGUGGUUAGUUAUCAGUCCUGCAACAUACAUGACUGCCCUGCCAGAUGGGUAACUAGUCCAUGGUCUGAGUGCUCUGCUUCUUGUGGUAAUGGAUUUCGCCAACGACAAGUAUCUUGUCAACAAACAAAAGCAAAUGGCACUACAUUGAUGUUGUCACCAGAUGCCUGUGUCAACAAGGAUAGUCCACUGGGAAAGAAAAGGUGCACGGUUCGUUCAUGUACAGAGUGGAUAAUUCAGUCAUGGGGACAGUGUUCUGGUCGCUGUGUUGGCCAUGCUGUGGGUUUACAGCACCGUCACAUUAUAUGUAAACAUCACAAUGGAUCUCUCGUUCCAGAUUCUUAUUGUGACGAAAAAAAAAGAUCAGCUGUCAGAAGAAACUGUUCUUCAGAGAUGUGUGAUGUGUAUUGGCGGACAGGUCCCUGGAGGCCCUGCAGUGUAGACUGUGGAAGUGGAUUCCAGUCACGACGAGUAAACUGUGUACACAGGAAGAAGAAUAAACCUGUGGCUGAUCAGUACUGUGGGUGGAGGAAGAGACCAAUGACCUGGCAACAUUGCAAUGUCACUUCCUGUGGCAAAGGCGAAUGCAAGGAUACAACUCACUACUGUACAUUUGUAAAACAUCUAAAGUUAUGCUUAAUAGACCUCUACAAGCAAAGGUGUUGUCAGUCAUGUCAAGAAGUGUAAUUCUUCUGUGGAAAGUUCAUGAUGCUGCAGUGAAGAGAUGAGAAAACAGGUUCAUUAAAUCUAGACUGUUCAAAGAAUAUACUUGUAAAUAAGACAGUAGGCCUAAUAGUUAAAUGGAUACAUGGGAUUGAUGAAAAACAGCAUUGUAGAUUGAUAUGCUUGAGCGGAAAUUUUGCUGGAAGCUUACAUUGGCCACUCUACUGCAGUGGAACAUUUAAUGUUUUAAACAUUUUCAUGUCUGGAUUAAGAGGAGAAUAUCAUGGCACAUCAUCUGUGGAACGUCACAGGUCAUCAUAGUAUAAUUUUAUUGGGAAAAAACAACCUUAUCUAGAAAGCACCAGGUAAUGCUUACUUCCCUUUACUUAUAAGAAAGUCUAAAUCACAAAAUCCUUUGAAGAAUUUUGGAAUGCAGCAACUGAUGUCCCUUUUUAUUUUCAUUGUGUUAUCAAAUUUAACAAGAUAUUUAAAUCUAUAGAAGCAGUGGCUUGUAGCUAUAACGUUUUUUGGCAGUGAUUACAUUUUCAUAAACAGCCUGAGCUUAAACUAUGAAUAAGGGUCAAUCUCACAGGACAAUUUUAUUGAGAUUAGCUGUCGGCUGGAUACACAGCAGUACAUUUCAUUUUUCAUUCCUGUAUUUAUGUGUAUGCAUUGUAGAUGCUGUUAUGAUUUUCAAAACAGCAAUGGUUCUGUUUUUGAAUAAAUGAGGUGUCAUUUUCCUUUGCUCCUAUUUUUGUACUCCAGUCUCACUGAAAUAUGAUCAAAAUAGUGGCAUGAUUAAUCUUCUCUAUUGAUCUUAAAUUAGACUCAAGACUUUCUUAUAAGAGCUGUGAAUGAAAUGUUCAUGAGCACUAUUCUCCUGCUCAUAGUCAAUUGGGGACGUAAAGCCAGUAACUGGUCAAAUGUGCCUGUCCAACUCUAUCCCUUCAAUAAAUAUUUUCUAUUUUCCAGUCAUGGAAAAAAGUAAGAGGAAAGAGUUGUUAUAUAUGAAGAUAAAUGUGUAAGAAAUCAAUUUCAAUCAAGCUGAUUUUUCAUCAUGAUCAUUAUCCAUUCAAGCCUUUUGUGUGUUAGUAAAUUCUGACCAUGACAUUCUUAAGUAAAUCUUUUUCUGGACUACAAAUUAUAUGCCUGAUAGGGCUAAACAUUUUGCUUUACCCCAGAGAAGCCUGCACAAGGCUGAAGAUGGCAUUUUUUUCUUUUGCAGCUUCCAACUGUUGCACAAAUUGGAAGCCUGAAUGCAUAUCUUGAAUUGGAGCCUGCGUUAGUAGAUUAUUAGACUGCAUUGAAUUGUGAUUAGUAGGCAUGCUGUAAGAACAAUUUUAGAAACAGUAUUCCUAUACCAUGGGUUUGCAUCACUGAAAAUUAGACUAGCACUACUGUAUAGAAAGUGUUUAAAGUGGGCAGUUGUGUUCUAGCUGACUGCAAAGGGAGGAUAUUCCUGAUCAUUACCUUUUUAAUCAAUAAUGGGUCUUGAUUGCUUAAGCAGUUUUUUAAAUUAAAAGAAAACACUUGUAAAAUACUUUUGUAUAUAUUUAUUGUCUGAUUUUAAAGUGCAAUAUUUUGUUUUGUACAGUGUGUAAUAAAGAUUUUGGGACAUAUAUUUUUCUUAUUACCAAAAUUUCUUAUUCAUGUUUUUUCUUUGUAUUUAAAGUUUUUAAAUGUUAACACAUAGCACUCCUUUGCUUCUUUUAUUUUAUCUUUGGUUAAGUAUGCAUGCUAUUUGGAGGCAGUGCUGUAAAUGAUUGUUAUUGCAAUUGGCAUGACAUUCCUCUAGGUUAUUUUUACUGCUACUCCAGUAACCAAAGAUGGCUAACAUUUAUUUUUCAUUGAUAUUUCUGAAAUAAACUCUACUUUAGUUAUUCAUCUGCA